AGUACCGACAUCGCAAACAUCCGCAGCAACAUGUUCAAGCUGAUCGUUCUUCUCGCCACCGUCGCCUACGCGUCCGCCGGCCUUUACUCCGGAUACGGAGGAGUCUAUGGUGGCUAUGGUGGCUAUGGCAGUGGUUACGGCUACGGCGGUUACGGUUUGGGUCAUGGAGUAGCGGCGAUCGCACCUGCGGUCGCAUACGCACACGCUCCAGUUGCAACCAGUUACGCCAAUACGUACAAGGUCGCCGUUGCUCCGGCUGUCACCAAAGUCGUUGCACCUGCCAUUACCAAAGUCGCGUAUACCGCACCUGCUAUCACAAAAGUGGCUUACGCUCCAAGUUAUGCCGCGCCAGCGGUGAGCUACGGCCACUACGGAUACACUGUGCCGCCAUCCGUCACCUACUUGCACAACAAUCUCGGAUACGGACUCAGCCAUGGAUAUGGUCUCGGCCAUGGAUAUGGUCUCGGCCAUGGAUACGGACUCGGCCAUGGAUACGGACUCGGUUAUGGACUCGGCUACGGCCACGGCGGCGGAUACUAUUGAUUAAAGAUAACCAAAAUAUUUGGGAGUAACUCUGCUCUUCGACGAGUUCGACUGUAACGGCCGGCGUUACUGCUCGCCCAUACUGCCACAAACUUUGUCAUCGGCUAUGUACAUGUUUAUAAUACACGUUUUCAACUUUUA